UAGAUCACACAGAAAUACAACAACAUACAACUAAAUUUUCUAAACACCAUCUACCUUUUAAGAAGUCAGAGUGGCAGGUAAUAAGUGGGUGAGAAGAAUGUUUGUCUCUUCCUACACUGUUUCUGCUCCAUUGGUCUCUUUGGGAGGACUGUUAUACUCAGGCUCUGUGGAAGAAAGCUUCUCACAGAGCUGCAAUAGCACAGUCAGCCUGUGCUUUUACAGUCUGCUCCUACCGAUUACCAUACCCGUUUAUGUGUUCUUCCACCUUUGCACUUGGAUGAGUAUUAAACUCUUUCUGCAUAAUUAAUGCAACCAGAGGCAUGAUGGUAUUCACUAAUGAUAUGCUUGAGUGUCCAUCUCUGAAAGCUCGGCUACAUGGAAAUACUAGAAACCCACUGAAUUUGUAGGAAAGAUGCUUAGCAUUUGUCAGAGGUUUAGGACUAUGUGACAUUUAAGUUGCAGAGACUUCUUUAUUGUAUUUUGGUUCCGCCCCUGUUUUUCCAAGCUUCUGAUUUAUACCUGGUAUAUCAGAAGAAACAUUUCAACAAAGUAUCUCGUUUGAAAUUAACAGCCCCAGCCAUUAUCUGAUGGCU